AUGUCAUUAGCUGCUUCCAGAGCUGAUGCUCACAUCCAGGCAAAUCGGGAUCUUGACCCUAUCAUGUCGAGAUCUUCGGCCGAAGAUGGUGAGCAGCGUGAAAUAGAUGAAGAGCAUCUGUUAGCUCAGAGCAACAUGCAAAUGCUGGAUUUGGGCACUGGGAGACGAGAACAUGUGACCACAUUUGACUACAUGUUGCCAAGUGAGCUUCGUGUAUCCACACAACAGUUAUUGCGAGCACGGAAAGUCGAGGAGGAAGGAACAGAGGCUGCCAAGUUGUUCCAGGAGAAUAAAUCGAAGGUUAACGCUUGGAACAGCAUCAGUACCCAGAUUGCUCAGGAUAAUGCAGACCGGGAGCAGCUGGACAACCUGAUGAAUGGCCAAUCGCACAGAGCUAGGCUGAACAAGGAGAUCAAGGAGCAAGGAGGACAAACUUAUGGUGAGGUAUCAAAUGUUCGAAUCGAUGAUUAUCCGCGCCGUGGAAAGGGCGGCGGAGCGGGAGGUCGAGGUAUGUCGGGGAGGGGUGGUCGCGGUGCACCUAUGCAUGUCCCUGUCACAAGAACGAAUGGAAGAGUCUUGGCAACUGCGUCGCCAUCUGUGCCCAAUGGUCCAAAGGCUGAUCGUCCACUCGACCCUGCAAUCGACCCGGACCGAGAGUACUCGUACAAGACCAAGAAGGGCGGCAAAACAAUCUCUGUGUCUUACAAUGGCGGACAAGCUGUUCGGGGGGGCCCAACUGUUGGUAGUGGAAGGACCGCAAAUGAUGCUCGAGCAACCAUGGUUGGCGGUACCGUGCAUAUUGGUCCAGCUGCACAAACAAAAGCAAAGUCUGAGCAUUCCGAGGCGCCUCGUGCCCCAAGGGAGACACCAGUGACUGUCGUGCUCAACAAUGAAGCUUUUCUGGAGGUGAUGAACAGCAUGACUGCCAAGCCCACAUUCAAUCAGCAUGUCCAGGAGAAGUCGAAGCCAGCGCCAAAUUCAAAGGCUGCGGCCCUCGUUGAACAGCCAGGCAAGACCACGAAGAGACGAGCUGCAGCCACGAAAAAGUCUGACUCUUUCUUGGCAAGAUCAAUAGAGACCCCAGCUGAAGCAUACAGGACCUUGGAAGCUUGCAAUAAACUUUGCAAAACAGAUGCGACUAUACGCCUGGCACCAACUUGUGAAUUUGGAUAUCCGCCUCCGAACACAGAAUUCGGUGGGGAAAAGGUCCCAGGCGACAGUGCUUCUGUCCAUACGGACGGUGUUGAGACCGUCAGCACGUACAACAGCGCAGAUUUCAAGACUCAGUCCUCGGCGGGGACUGGCUCCAGAUUCGACCAAGGUCAUGGCACCAUCGUCAUUGGUGGAAAGUUAGCACAAAAGGAUUCGAGUGCGACAUCUGAAGCGGCAUCUGGAAGCAACGGUCCUGGAAUCCGUCUUCUACCACCAUCCUCUCAUACGGAGUCACACCAGAAAGACGAUCUCAUUACACUUGAGGAUGGCAUUGGACAAUCUUCGCCAGACGUCAAAACCUCCAGCAACCAUGCUCUUUCAGCAUCGUAUGCAAAAUCUUUGCAGUCACCUAGUAUUCCUCACAUCAUGGACGAAGAGCUGGACGAUGACAUUCCGCAAUCCUCUUUGACUCCAAGAUCAUCUAUUGCGCCGCGAUUCAUCACCUUCCGUGGUGCACGCUAUAUUCGUUAUGAUCAGAUAACAAGUCAAGAUGCCGAAGACAGCCAAGUAGGGAUUCACUCAGAAGGCAGUUGCCCACAAAACACUCAGCCCACUGUGCAAGCCGCCUCGUUCAGUUCCAGCACAAACAACAGAAUUGCAGUGACCAACGGACUGAAUAUUGGCUUGCAGACUCUCCAGGAGAGUUCUGCUGGUAGUAUUCUUGGUGAAUACAAUCUGCCAGGUCGUUCUAUUGUUAGCACUGGACCCUCCUCACAGGCCUCGGUUGCAUCAUCAAGAUGGGCAAACGGAAUGAACGGAUUCCCGCUUGCAAGUGCCAGCUUCCCUACGCCAUCAUUGCCGCAGACCUGCCUUAGUCCUGUACCUUCUCGACAAGCUAAUCAGCACAAUGAACCCCUCCAGAAAUCGCAGACAGAUGAUACGGAGAUAGCUGCUGCGCCGAGAAAAUCCACGGUACAGCAGAAAGUUGCAUCUCUUCCCAACUUAGCAGCGUCCAAAUAUGCAAUACAGGGGGUACAGGUUGCCACCCGUCCACCACCGGUCGAGUCACCGACUUUUCACAAGUCUACAAAAACAGCUUCCGUGGAUCAGCCUGACAGAAGCCAAAAUGCUUUCAGAACAGCAUCUCCAACAGCUUCUGUGGGUCGGCGAGGCGAAGACAAAGGUGCUUUCGAUACAACACUUCAGGUUUUUCCAGAGAGUCUUGUGCCAGCUUCGCGGCGUGCCGAUUACAUUCCAAACAUGCAUUCCAACGCUUCAUCAAAGACUGAAAGCUCUCCAACUGACAGAAACCGCCAAACCACCGAAAAUGGGACAGCGUCGACACCAAAACCUCCCCGCAAGCAGACAGAUCUCACUGCUUCCAUUUGGUCCACUGCAAACAGCGAGAUUGACCCCUUAGUGCCGUCGAGCAAGACUUUUGAGAACCAGGUUAGACAAUCCCGAUUCAACUUGACCUCUGACAACGUCGACAGCAGAGAGGAAACAACUGUCGUGUCAGAUAACGGAGCGCAGCGCAAACGCAAUCCUUUUGGCGCAACCACACAAUCAUCCAAGCCCACCCUGGCCGAGAAUAAGAAGCUGGCUUCGGCGGUUCCGGUUCAGCCUCAUGAUGGGCCUGUGAUGGUUGAACGUUCAGGCAACAUUCCGGAUACAAACCAUACUGCAAUGACAUUGCAGAAUCUCAUUGAGGGGACAAAAGCCAAUGCGAAAGCUCAGUCAUCCACGUUCGACUUUUCCAAGUCAGCAGGUUCCAAAUAUCCCAACACUAUCCAAUCGAGCUCGGCAAAUGGGACGAAGCAAAGCCAAUCCGGCGCAUCAGGUCUUCCCCUAAGCAAGGCGAAACCGACAAAUGGUCUGAUGGCAUCUAAGUAUGCCACUAGCAACAGUUCUACCUCAUCCUUACGCAAGGUGCGUCGUGCCAAGUUAGAUGAUUCGAGCAGCCAUGAGUCUGAAAUCUAG